ACAAAAGGUAAUACGGUUACUCCAUUUUCCUUCCAUGGCCAAGUUCUCCUUCGCCGACGCCGACGCCGACGAAGACCCUCCACCAACCGCCGCCGGCCGUACCGACGCCGCCGACGCCGGGUCCGAGAAGAGGAAGCGCGACGGCAGCGCUUCCCCUGACGACGGGGCGGCCGGUGGAGGGCCGCCCCCCAAGGCCCGGAGACUGGAGGUCGCGGGCGGCGAGCGGGAGGAGAGGGCGGUGGCGGGGUGCGGUCGGGAGGUGGGGAGGGUCGGCGGGGAUGGCGACGCGGUGGGGAUCAGCAUGCGGAUCGAUCCGGACCUGCUCGACUGCUCCAUCUGCUUCGAGCCCCUCUGCCCUCCCCUCUACCAGUGCCAAAAUGGCCAUGUAGCAUGCUUGUCCUGCUGGUCCAGGCUCAGCAACAAGUGUCACAUUUGUUCUCAUGAUGCGAUCUUUGCGCGAAACAUUGCACUGGAGAAGAUUGUCGAGUCAAUCAAGUCCUCCUGCGCAUAUGCCAAGUGGGGCUGUUGCGAGUUGGUCAGCUACACACAAAGAAACAGACACGAAGAAGCUUGCCUCUUUGCUCCUUCAACGUGCCCGAUUCCUGGCUGUGGAUACAGAGGCUUCACAGGGCGUUGGUCAGGCCACUUCCUUGUCGAUCAUAGUGCUGAUUUCUUGCAUUUCGUCUACGGACAGUCAUUUGAAGUGAAUUUGGAGGCGUCCCUGCCUUUUCUUGUUCUUCUUGGAGAGGACGAUCACCUCUUCCUGCUCCUGAACAAGAACAUGACGCCCUUCGGGCAUGCCUUUUCCAUAGUUUGCCUCAGGACGGGUGAUUUGAACUGGAAGUUCUCCUACGAGAUCGAAGCAGACAGUAGGAGAAACCCUGAAAACUGCCUGAGACUCAAGGCCUCUGUCACAAACACAAAGGAGUGGGGAGGUCUGCACCCUACAGAAGCUUUUCUUUUGGUUCCAUAUGAUUUCUGCAGUUCUACUAACAUAACACUCAGUGUCUCUGUUGGGAGGUCUGCCUCUGAAUGAUAGUGAGAUUGUCAUUCUCUGUGUUGUAAAAUGUAGAUGUGUGUAGAAUGUAAAUUUGUUGAGUAAAUAAUUUCAGCCUGUGCAUGUGUAUGUAGAGAAGCAGUAGUUCCACCUGGCAAUUACAACAUUGUAAAGGCCAGUCUAAAUUUACAGAAGGGUUUUAAACUUCAA